AUGGCCAUUAUAAGAACCUUAGUAGUGUUAGCAAUGGGUAGUUUGGCAAAGGCGGCGUCACUGAGUUCGGACAGUGUACCAGCAACGUAUGGUUGUCUUUCACCACAAGAUUUACUAGGACUCGCAUCUGUCGACAUUGAUAAUGCAAUAAGUUCUGUGCCAUCUGUCCCAGUGAAAAGCGGACCGGGAUUAAUCAGCGGCAUACCAGGUCUGAACUGCGGCGUACCAGAUCUGUUAAGCGGCCUACCAGGUCUGAUCAGUGGCGUACCAGGUCUGAUCAGUGGUGUACCAGAUCUGAUCAGCAGCGUACCAGAUCUGUUAAACGGCCUACCAGGUCUGAUCAGCGGCGUACCAGGUUUAUUUGAAGCCUUAUCAGGUGUUGUUAACAGUAUACCAGAUGCUGAUCUUCAUGUAAUUAAACGCGUUAUCCAGUCCAGUCUUGGGAUGAAGUGGCUGACCGCGGUUUCCUGCUUGAUGUUGUACUGCCUGAAACCCGAGGGUUCUGAUGCAGUCGCUGCCGAGGUGCCCUGUACCCGGGCGGAGGGCGCCGAUCCGGGCGGUUCCGCGCUGCUGGCCGCCCUGCGCUCGUCGUCGCCGUCCACCCUGGCUGCGCUGCCGCCCCCGGCGCUGGUGUCUGUCGUGAACGCGUUGUCCGCGACGCCGCAGCUGUUCGACGGCGUGCCGCCCGCCACGCUCCAGGCCCUGUUGAAGGCGAUCGCGUCGUCGCCGCCCGCCCUGGACGCGCUGUCGCCGGUCGCGGUGCUCGUGCUGCUCGCCGCCGCGUCGUCGGCCGCCCCAUCGUCGAUCUCCACCAUGCCGCCCGCGACGCUGUUCCCGCUGCUGAGAACGUUCUCCGCGUCCGGUCUACUGCCACCACCCGGGUCGCCGCCCACCACGGCCUUCGCCAACAUGCCCCCGCUACCGCCCCCGCCGGCCCAGGUCAUCGUCCCCGGACCGGCCCCCGGUCCCAUGUACGUCAGCCUGCCGAAGCGGCCCAGCAGACCGCCACCGAUCGUCGUGCCGGCCGGACCGCCGCCGUCCAUCGUCAUCUCCAUCCCGCAGCCGUACCCGCCGCCGCCUCCGGCGAUCAUGCCGUACGGCCGACCCGGGCCGAUAACGAUCGACGACCGCGCCAACGCCGACCCGGCCCCGGCACCGAUCGUCCUGCCCCCGCCCCAAGCGCCCAACAUAUAUUUCACCACGCACCCGUCGAAAUUCUCGCAGAGGCCGUUCUCUAACGUCGACGGCAAACGUUCGCCGUACACCUGUUACCAGCCGGCGGAGUUGCCCAAAGUGUACGCCUUGCCGCCCGGCAUGUCGCCGGCCCAGUACUUCCAAACGAAUAAAAAACUUUGA